AUGAGCUCCGACGGGGAUGGUAAGAGAAGAGCCUAAGGCUUGCUUCACAUACUUCUGGGAAAUGUGCAAUGUCAGCAGCGUUUGGUUCCUGUGGACAUGUUUGUAAUAUAAAUUAAUUGUGUGUGUGUGUUGUAGGUGACAUGGAGAAUCAGGCUGAGCUGGAAGAAAAGACAAAGCUUAUAAACCAGGUGUUGGAGCUUCAGCACACUCUAGAAGGUGAGACAGCUGGAUGUUUGCAGACGGACAGACGAAAGCAGCAGUAAAUAAUGUUAGUUAUUGCACUUCCUUAAAUCAUUGUUGUUGCCAGACCUGUCGUCGCGUGUGGAUGCGGUGAAGGAGGAGAACCUGAAGUUGAAGUCUGAGAACCAGGUUCUGGGUCAGUACAUUGAGAACCUUAUGUCUGCCUCCAGCGUGUUCCAGACCACUGACACCAAGAGCAAACGAAAAUAA